AUGGCAGAUUCCCCUAGUGACGAGGUCCAAGUGCCCGAAUCUUCCUCGCCGUUAAGACAAGCACAAGGUGAUUCUGCAGCAUCGCUUCUGCGGGAUAAGUUCAGUUUUACUCCUGGAAAUCUUGCUCAUAACGGUCCGGCAAUGACUGGGAAUGGCACGGAGAAGCAACUAGAUGUACAGCUAGUACGGUUAGCGGAGGAAUUCCCGGACUUUUCGCCUACUUUGGUUCAGGCAGUAUUCAAAUCGAACUCUUUUGAUGUGAAUUUGGCACGGGAAAGGCUAACGAGAAUCAAGAAUCAAAGGCAGAACUGGUCUGUUAACUCUAAAGGGCCCAAGAAGGCGCCAGCUCCACCUGUCAGUAGAUCGAGUUCAACGAAUCGACUAAAUUCCAUAAAGCAAGGCGAUCCCUCGUCGAAGAUUGUUCUUGAGAAGCAAAGGACUUCGAUUUUUGACCGUUAUUCCAAUGUGAUGAAUCAAAGAGCACGCCCGGUUAUGACCGAGUCCUUAGUUGUUGAUGAAGAGUCCUUAGCGAAACUCGGUGGUGCGGGGAACAAGAGAAGAAGGCUUGUAAGAGCUGAUAAUCUCGAUGGAGACAGGAAAGCUACUCAUCUAGAGAAAGCCAAGGAAAAUCUGCUGAAGGAAAAGCUCAAGAAACGUGGGAUGUCGGACGACGACGAGACGGCGGAGGAAGAGAUGAGCGGAGAAGAAGAGAUGAGCGGAGAAGAGUACGAGGAAAGAACGCCCGAAAUCAAUAUUGAUGAUCAGGUUCUUCAAUUCUUGAAUACGGCAGAAGCAAGUGACCUUGCCGAUCUAGGAGAGACUUCGGUUUCGAAGGCCAAUACUAUCAUAUCGAGGAGACCAUUCUCGAGUUUGUAUGCAUUCACUCAGCUAGAUCUAUCCACCGAAGAUGAAUCCAAAAAAAUGCAGAAAAAAGUUAGGAAGGGCGGAAACCAGAAGAAGGAAAGCGAAAAAGUAUUGGAAAAGAUCAAUCAAAGCAUCAGAGGUUACAAUGCCAUCGAUUCCUUGAUCAAAAGAUGUUCGUCCUAUGGUAAAUUGAUAUCCGGUCAAAUGAGAAGAUGGGGUAUUGAUUUGGAACAUUCGCAGAAUGGCGGUGAGCUGGACUUCACCAAUAUCGAUUCGGAUGAUGAUGACGCUGCAGUUGUUGAGGAAUUUGACGAGUCCGAGAUUAGUGCCACACCAACGCCUGCACCGGGGAGUAUCAGUUCCAAUAACGUUAGCAAAACUAGAACUAAAAACUCAAGUGAUAAUGAAGCGGAGGAAGAGGAAGAAGAAGUAGAGGAAGAUGCUGAAUUUGAGAACAGCGAAGAUGAAGACUAUGGACAAACAAGGAGGACCACGAUUCCGGGACGGAGGGGAAGGCCUCAAAAACGACUGGUCAAGUUCUUCAAGGGAAGACCCAAACUACUAGGUCCCGAGGUUCAGCUGAAAGACUACCAACAGACAGGUAUAAAUUGGUUAAACCUGCUUUAUCAUAAUCACAUGUCCUGUAUAUUAGCUGAUGAUAUGGGACUGGGUAAGACAUGUCAAGUGAUAUCAUUUCUAGCCUACUUGAAGCAAAUCAAUGAGCCAGGCCCACACCUUGUCGUAGUGCCAUCAUCCACAUUGGAAAACUGGCUCAGAGAGUUCCAGAAGUUCUGUCCUAGCCUAAAGAUCGAGCCUUAUUACGGCUCGCAACAAGAAAGAGCUGGUUUGAGGGAGAUUCUGGAAAGAACUGCCGGCCAAUAUGAUGUGAUAGUGACCACUUACAAUUUGGCAGCCGGCAACAAAUAUGACAUUUCGUUUUUGAGAAACUGCCGUUUUAACGUUGUCGUUUAUGAUGAAGGGCAUAUGCUUAAAAACUCGCUAUCUGAGAGAUUCACGAAAUUGAUGAGAAUCCAAGGAAAUUUCCGUCUUCUUUUGACUGGUACCCCGCUACAAAAUAAUUUAAAGGAGUUGAUGUCUCUAUUGGAGUUCAUUAUGCCGUCACUAUUCGAAUCGAAAAAAGAAUAUCUCGCUUCGAUCUUCAAGCAACGAGCCAGAACAAGCGAUGACAACAAAAAUUUCAAUCCGCUAUUGGCUCAAGAGGCGAUCAACAGAGCUAAGAUGAUGAUGAGACCCUUCAUCUUGAGAAGACGAAAGGAUCAAGUACUCAAACACUUACCAGCAAAGCAUAGAGUUAUAGAGCAUUGCGAGAUGAAUGCAGCUCAACGGAAAAUAUACAACGAGGAGAUCAAACUUGUUAUGGAACACAAAAGGAUGAUCCAAGAUGGAACGUUGCCAAGCGAUCCAAAGGAAAGAUCAAAGAUACAAUCAUCAUCGUCGAAGAAUCUAAUAAUGGCUCUGAGAAAGGCCUCUAUGCAUCCGCUACUCUUCCGGACGCUGUACAACGAUAAGAUCAUCGCGAAGAUGAGUGAUGCCAUUCUAGACGAACCAGAUUAUGCAGAAAAUGGUAAUCGACAGUACAUUAUGGAGGACAUGAGUUAUAUGAAUGACUUCGAACUACACAGGUUGUGCUGUAGCUUCCCUAACACUCUUGAAAAGUUCCAGCUGCGCAACAAGGAAUGGCUACAAUCAGGCAAGAUAGACAAAUUGACAGAAAUCCUCAAGCACAUCAUCGUUGACAAAAAGGAGAAAGUGCUGAUUUUCUCCCUUUUCACUCAAAUGCUGGACAUUCUGGAGCUAGUGCUGUCGAGCUUGAAUUACAAGUUCCUGAGACUGGACGGCUCUACUCAGGUCAACGACAGACAAUCAUUAAUAGACAAGUUUUACGAAGACGACACCAUCCCUGUUUUCAUUCUCUCAACGAAAGCCGGUGGUUUCGGUAUCAACCUGGUCGCCGCCAACAACGUCAUCAUUUUCGACCAGAGUUUUAACCCGCACGAUGACAGACAGGCCGCCGACCGCUCUCACCGUGUCGGACAGACGAAAGAAGUUACAAUCACAACCCUAAUCACCAAGGACUCUAUCGAAGAGAAGAUCUUCCAGCUUGCCAAGAACAAGCUCGAUCUUGACACUCAUAUCAGCGAAGACGACAAAAAAUCACAGGAGACGCUAGAGAAUAAAGUUAGUGACAUCCUAGAAGACAUCAUCUACGAUGAGAACACCACUGCCUAG